AUGACCACUGGUAUCUCGUACGAAGCUAUAGUCCACGAGCCAAGCCGGCUGAAUCUGAACACCUUGAUCGUCGAUCCCUGCACGAUACCCGGCAGCCUGAUCCUUGGGACAUCCUAUAACCAUGCUCACGAUGUCGCCGUGUUCCUGAUUCUUGUUUUUCGGCCAUGCCGUGCUCAUCACCUGUUAGGCCGCACCUGGAAAAAGGAGACACGGCCAAACCUCUCUGUCUCCACCAAGUCGCUCGCUGAUACCUACCGCACGCUCAAACACAAGCCAAGUUCAUCUUCUACUCUUUACGACAUAUCUGAAGAGCCGACCACGCCACUUGACCAUACACCGAACACCACGUGUCACAAAUCUCCCAGCCCUCCGUACACGACGCCACGGCGGCGUUCGGAGACUGGCUUUCUUCCAGUGAAGGUAUGA